ACUCCUGCCAGAUCAUUACUAUGAUUCCCCAUAUCCUCUGCUCUGCAUCUGUUCGCGUGGAUUUGACUGGGCUUAACAUGGCUGUCAAGCGAGGCCCCAACCACUUCACUAGAUGAACAGCCAGUUCCUGUCACAGAUAAGUCAGUGAGAGCGCUGGAGACACAAAGGCACCCUACAGCGCUUGGUAAAUUAUUAAUGCUUAUGUGGCAAGCUGACAGUGAACAGAGGUAACACUGGGUGGUGGUGGUUGUGGUGGUGGUGAAGAUUUUUAGAAGCCCCAUUUCUCUGCUGUUUCACUCCUUUUCUGCUGAUCUGAUAGCACUGAGUUUAUUUUAACUACGAGGCAGCUGAACAGCCAGAAGUGUUGGAGAUCGGUGUUGGCUUAUUUGUAAAGGCCCCUGGGAGGGAAAUAGGUCAUGGGCUGUGACCCCAGGUAUGUGUGUCUCUGCAGGGGGCUUGCAGCUAAGGAGGAUUAGUGGCCGAGUGCUCAGGUAGCACAAAGAGUUUUUCUGCUUCAGCAAGGAUGCCCUUAAUCUGCUUUCCUUCCAACAGAGUACAUUAAUCAGAAUAGCUCCAGGUUAAACAAAAAGUUUUAUCAGUUUGGAGGUUGACAGGGUUUCAUGCAGGAUUUAUAACUACUGAUGCAAGAGAAAUGUCAUGUUUUUAUAUAAAUAUAGAAUAAAUAAUAUAUAAAUAUGACAGUGAAAUAGGUGGUAAUCACACUCCAGGAACAAUAAACCCCCAUAAAUAUUAGACAAUAUUUCCAAACAAACAAACACACAGACAAAGGUAAUACAAAGAGGAGGUACACUGUUUUCGGGGAAGGGGUGGAGUUAGCAGGUGUCAGGGGGAGGUGAGUGAUGCUGCAUGCUCCAUUCAGGCAGGCUGAUCUGGAUGUAAGCCGUGGAAAAGUAAGUAAGGCAGUCAGUGAAGAUGGUUCCCCAACUAUACAUCACAGUGUACAAUGAACAGUUCAGAUCUCCAGGCACAGUGAAAAGAGCUCAACUUCGACCGACCUCUGCCCACCGUAGGAACAACCCUCAGCCCCGGGCGGACUUUCUGUUUCCCAGGAGCCUUCAGUCAAACAAUAGGUCAACCCAUGCACUUCUUCAUCCCUUGCCCCCUGUGGACUUCGGCCGCCCUCUUUUCCCCCCUGUCAGACAUUUUUCAUUUCACGGUCCUGUUGCAACUUGUUCUGACAGUUAUCUAAAUACAACCGACAAAACACAACACAUGCCCCCUGUCAACCCAUCAACAGUACAAGCCAUGCCCUCUGCUGAUAAACUGCAGAAACUACAACUGACCGAGCCUUCCCCGAGCACUGACAUCCACCUCAGCACUGCUUUGAAGAGCCCACAAAGCAGACUUGGUUAUCAAAAGCAUGUCCAUCCACAUUCAACACAGCAGCUCAGGCAAAAUACAGCUGCUCCGCUUCAAACAAGAGCCCAAACUCCUGCAGCUCCUUGCAGCUUUGUACAGACAAAAUACCAGAGGUGCUGUUCUAACAGCAGCCGGGAUAACAGCAGUGGUUGCUACAGCUGUUUCCAUGUGGUGAAGCCCUACCAAGCUGGACACUACAUCAUACACCCAGAGUUUGUGUCUGAAAGCCUUUAUUAGGAUUAUUAGCGCUCUGGUUUCCAAGAUGGUGACCCGAAGAGGUCCACGGAGAGCCUGAGGCUACUCUCCAGCAAUUGUUAACUUUUCCUUAAUUCUCUGUUAAUUAACCCAGUGAGACAAGGUGUAAGAGUGAAUCAUGUAGAGUACAAGCACAGCUGUUAUCUCAUUGUGUAAUGCAAGGAAACUUUUGCAGUUAAGUGCUCAAUCGGUACCAAAGAUCUUCUCAUGGGAUGAUUUUGACGAUCAAAUGAGGCUCUGAGGCCCUAAGGUGCUGUACGUGAGUUUUUGUAAUUUUAAUCUUCUGAGGAAAACGUGUGUCAAUUAAAAGGGAAUCAGUACAAUGAUACAGUAUGAUGCCGUCUUCAACUACCAGAGCAAAUGCAGUGAAAGAGUGUCACUAUCGAUGCAAAUAAAGGAAGCAUUACCCUCACUUUGUUAAGGAUC